AGCUCUUCUCCUAUGCUGUGCUUCUCUCGGUGAACUCCAGAUGAGAUCGAUGUGGUCCAGACCCUCGCCCAGUGAGACUCCGCCGGCCGAACAAGGAUCAUCGAGACUUAAUCGGGAGAGGAUAGUGGUGCACAGCCCGUGAAGACGAUUGGGAGAACGACUCGAGAUGACAAAGGUAGUGGCCAAUCCUCGCGAGGAAGAACACACGACAUCACAGAUUCCGGAAGUUUUGGAGUGGUUCGGAGAUGUCGUGGAGAACUAUCAUACGGCGAUCGUUGUUUCCUUCAGUACUCUGUUCUGCUUGCUACUGUCGGCGAUGUUCGUCCUACGGCAGUGGAUAAAGACACAAGAGGACGCUCACAGGAACUGCAGGAGCAAAGCGAAGCUGGACAUCCUCGAACUGUCUGAUGGAAAGUUCGGUUCGGUGGUCGACCGGCAACCGGUUCCCAGGCCUCUUGUGUUCUCGGAAAACGUACCGGAGUCUGUAUUAGGAACGAUGCCUCAAAAAAAAGCCGAUGUGAUCCGCAUGGAGAAGGAGAUCGCGAAAGCGCUCACAAAGGAGCAGAGAUUAACCGAAGCUGAGGUCCAACGAGCACAAUUAGAAGCCAUUUACGAUUUGAUGUCAAAGAAUGAGGAAAAGUUCGGUGAAUCAUCGAUGGCGCAAAUCUACUCUCAGGCAUCGAUGUAUGGGAAAUAACCUGUCUCGAGAUCUCGACAGCGGCGUGGUCGAUCGUGUCUCGGCACCAGGCGCCUCAACUUCCGAAUUAUGCCGGGGAGACAUUCCCCGUACGAUGAGAAGCGGGUUCUAGCUGCAUCCACCGGCGGAGGCGCGGCAUCGAGAGC